AUGCAGAUCCGACCGCAGCCCCAAAGCCCAGCAUCCCGUCGUGUUUCGACCGCCUUCCACUCUUCCCCUUUUACUCCCAAAGCGGCAUUUCUCGACCCCAAACUCCAACAGCUCCUCGAAGUAGGUGUCGUUAUCCUCGAAGACGGCCAAGUCCCCAACAACAGCCCGCAGUUCAUACUUCCGGACUUGGAGUCAGGAUGUCGGGGAUUAUUCUUCGUGAAGCUGGACAAAACCGCCGAGUUCCGUAUUAACCACGGGGGGAGGUGUGCUUGUCUAGUUAAGGGGAAGAAAGAUGAGGUUACGCCCCGGCUGACGCCAGAGUUGUCGGCGCAUCGGGGGAGAUUGGUUAGAGGAGAGAUUGAGGGAAUGCCAAAGUUGAAGAGUCGGACAGCGGCGAUGGUGGUUAUGAAGAUUUUAAUGGGGAUGGAGGUGCCGGAGGGGUUUCGGAUUAGGGAUACCAGGGGAAACGAGAGUAUAACUGAAUAA